AUGAGUUCACAUCCAGUCCUUUGGGUGUUGACUUAUGCCACUGCUACGAUUGCCGCCAUAGUUCCGGUCUACUAUGCGUAUCUCGAGACUGCGCGGCCCUCUGCCACUACUCCCCAGCGUUAUUUCUGUGGCACCUGUGGCUGCCAUGUAUUUCGGUACUCUGCCGUUGGCGACGAUGAAAACGAUAAGUCCUGGGAGGUAGCUACCGGUACUAUCAUCGGACGUGUUGGCGCCGACGAUGAAUUAGUAGAAGCGGACGACGAGAAAGAGCCGCUCCUGAGAUAUGCUAGACAUAUCAAUACUGAUAACACUAAAGACGGCGGUCUAUCCCCUUUCAUCAAGCUCAUCAAGGGGGCCGAGUUGCCCGAAAAGAGCCAGAUAACCGACGACAGAGGCGGGGAUAGCAAGGAUAUACUGGAAGCGCACUGUCACUGCAAAACAGUCCGCUUCUAUAUUACACGCCCUGAUGCCUCGAGCCAGCUCCCGUGGUCCGGGUUUUCGGACCUUAUAGUUCCAGCCGUGACCUCGCCGCGCGAAGCCAUCGAUAACCCGCGCGAUGAGAAAUGGUGGCUGCGCCCGCAUAGUAAGGAUAAUCCAGACUUGACGAGGUAUAUGGCCGGUACAUGUGCCUGUCGGUCUUGCCGAUUAGCUGCUGGAUUUGAAAUACAGACGUGGGCGUUUGUGCCGCGGAGUAAUAUUUUCUUUCUACUGCCUACUUCUACCUCCUCACCUACGCCUGCUUCUCUCUCAAAUAUAUCAUCCGAUGCCCUCCCUCUCGAUUUUUCUACCCUCCAGCAGACCUACUCUCCCCUCCGCACCUACGAAAGCUCGCCGGGCGUCUUCCGCGAGUUCUGCCCGCGCUGCGGCGCCUCUGUCUUCUGGCAUGAUCGCUGGCGCCCUGAUCUUAUCGACGUGAGCGUUGGGUUGCUAGCUGCGGAUGAGGGGGCGCGAGCGGAGAGAUGGUUGGAUUGGUGGCGUGGAAGAGUGAGUUUUCAGGAGGAUGCUGAGAAUGGAAGGUUUGGAGAGGUGGCAAGAUGGGGGAGUGAUGUGAUAGGGAUGUUAGCAGAGGGGUUAAGGGAGCGAGAAGAGGAAGAUGGGAUGGUGGGUAGUUGA